AAGUCAUUCUUAACCAAGAUUCAAUCUCGUAUAUUCCGUGGAAACCCGGAGCCUUGACGUCAGUGCGUAAGUUGUUUUGCGGGACCCUCGAUACCCUCAAAUGGGAGUAUAAUGAUAUCAGUAUGAACGUAUAAGGUACCUAAAGAUAGGUACCCGAAAUCAAUUUAUAUGGAUUAACCUUGUGUCGACGUAAAGGAUUUAUUUUUCCAACAAAUACUCAAUAGCUUCAGGUAAACAUCAUAUCAAUAGGUACCUAAAAACUAUGGCGAGAAGAAUUGAUACACCCGAAUCAACCAAACGAGACAAAUUCGUGAACCUGUCACCGGAGUUACGAGAAAAGCUUAUCGAUAUCGAAAACCAAUUCAAUGUUACCGACGAAAAGCUCAAGGAAAUCACCCGAUGGUUUGAAAAAGAGUUACGAGAAGGUCUCGAAAAGGAUGGAUCAAAUAUUGCUAUGAAUAUAACAUGGGUUCUUGGACUUCCGUCCGGCGAUGAGAUUGGCGACUACCUAACAAUAGAUCUUGGCGGAACGAAUCUACGCGUAUGCUUGGUUGCAUUAAAGGGGCAACACAAGGAAAUUGAUAUUAACCAACAAAGCUAUCGCAUACCCGAACAAAUAAAGACGGGAAGUGCACGACAACUAUGGGACUUUAUUGCCGAUUCCCUUGAAGAGUUUAUCAAAUCGCAUCAACUUACAGAGAAUCGCAACGAUCGAUUACCGCUAGGGUUCUGCUUCUCAUAUCCAGCCUCACAGGAAUGUAUCGACCACGGCGUUUUAAAAACGUGGACUAAGGGAUUUAACAUCGAUGGCGUCGAGGGUGAAAACGCCGCGGGACAGCUCAAAGACGUCUUGGCCGAAAGGAACUUGCCUUUGGAAUUAGUUGCUCUUGUAAACGAUACGACCGGUGCGAUGAUAGCCUCAGCCUACAAAGAUCCGGAUACAAUUAUUGGCGCGAUAUUCGGUACUGGUUGCAAUGCGGCAUACGUGGAAAACGUCGGCUCAAUACCAAAAUUGAAUACCAACUUACCAGCUAAUACGCCAAUGGCAAUAAACUGCGAAUACGGCGCGUUCGAUAACGCCCAUCGCGUAUUGCCACGGACUAAAUAUGACGUGACUAUCGAUGAAGAUUCACCACGGCCAGGCGAGCAAGCUUUCGAAAAGAUGAGCGCAGGCCUGUAUCUCGGCGAAAUCUUCCGACUUAUCGCGCUCGACCUUCAUAAUAGCGGUCUCAUGUUCGCAGGCCAAGACGCUGCGAAACUGAGCGAGCCUUAUAGUUUGGACACCGGCUUCCUCUCGGCUUUGGAGAACGAUCCCUUAGAGACGUCCCACACUCGCCUAGAAGAGACAUUAGGUAUAAGAGCCACAAUAGACGAGAUGAGUGUCGCGUGUCGCUUAGCAGAAGUCAUCGCAACCAGAGGUGCAAGGCUCUGCUCAUGCGGCGUCGCAGCGAUAUGCCGAAUGAAAGGCAUCGCAUCAGGCCAUGUCGCAGCAGACGGCACCGUCGCAAAUAAGCAUCCGAAAUUCAAGCAGCGCUGGACGGAGGCUCUUGGUGAGAUCCUCGACUGGCCCGAAGACAGAAAGGAAGACCCUAUCAUUCUCACAAGUGCGCAAGACGGGAGCGGUAUCGGUGCAGCGAUCAUCUCGGCCAUGACGCUGUAUCGAAUCCACGAAGGCAACACGGUUGGUGUUCAAGGAUGAUGAUUUGAAUUUGAAAUACUUAUCGCGGAACCGCGACUAUCCGUGUCAACGUUCGGGGGUUUCCAAAUCCAUCGGACUUUACGCUUACAUGCCUAGAAACUGUUUAAU